AUGGGAACCCACCUGAGUGAACGAACCGUCCCGGCUCGAAGCUCCCCCGGCCAUCUCCCUCUCAGAUCCACCCAUAGAAGAGAACACACCCACCAACCGCUACGCUCUCAAAACAUCAGCUCAAAUCUCUCGCCUCCCUACCAAAGAGAAAGACGCGAAUCCCAAAGACGUAGUGAAAGGGAAGGAACAAGAGACACAACCCACCUCAGAACCCCUUCGGAGAGACACAGGAGAAACCACUCCCCAAGACGACACUCUCCACAGCAAAUCUGGAGAGAAAAACCACAUCAAAGAACUGAAACAAUGGAGGAUAACUUCAGUCCAAACCAGUCCAGACCCUUACCUAUUGGGAGAAACCUAGACCAGGAAGACUUUCCCACGCCACCACCGCGAAUUCAAACAGAAGACCAAAUCCGCCAAGAUCUCCACGACAUUGAUAUACGCUACAUUAACUGCGAGAAUCAAACAGAGAGUGCAGCCCGGAGACAGAGAGUCCUAGAAGGCAACCUCAAUGGCCAAAGGGAGGAAACAGUGGCUUUCCUCUACAACGCCCCCUCGAACCAAGCCCCACCGGAAAACGAACGCCACUUUACACACUACCCAGGAAACAAUCCCCCAGAACGAAGCUACCAAUACCACCCCUCUCACUGA